CAGCAGCAUCUCGAGCAGUCGAGCGCGGCGCAAAAUGCAUUGAAAUAUGCAUCUUAGGACAUUUCCAUCCAUCUUCUGUUUGCCAUGAGGGCGUGUGACGGGAAUAACGUGGACGUUCGCAUCGGAAUACGGGCCUUUAUUUUGAGAGAAAUGCGGAUUGUUUUGCGCUUGAGGUGUUAAAGCAGAAAAUAUAUAUCUUUAAAAAAUGAAGAAGCAAUUCAAUCGGAUGCGACAGCUCGCCAACCAGACCGUUGGCAGGGCAGAAAAAACAGAGGUCCUGAGUGAAGAUCUGCUACAGGUGGAGAAGCGUUUGGAUCUGGUAAAGCAGGUCUCUCACAGCACACACAAGAAACUAACCGCCUGUCUGCAGGGACAGCAGGGCACUGAUGUAGACAAGAGAUCAGUUAAAUCACCCGCAAAGAAACUGCCGCUGACAACACUUGCUCAAUGUAUGGUUGAAGGAGCGGCUGUGUUAGGGGACGACUCUCUUCUCGGCAAAAUGCUUCAACUCUGUGGGGAUUCGGAGGAGAAGUUGGCCCAAGAGCUGCUUAUUUUUGAGAUUCAGAUUGAAAGAGAUGUUGUGGAGCCUCUGUAUGUGCUGGCAGAGGUGGAAAUUCCGAACAUUCAGAAACAGAGAAAACAUUUAGCCAAGCUUGUCCUGGACAUGGAUUCUGCAAGGACACGGUGGCAACAGUCAUCCAAAUCUUCGGGUCACCCCAGUAAUGCACAGCAAGGCGGAGCCAAAGGUGAUUCUCUGAGGGAGGAGAUGGAGGAGACAGCCAAUCGGAUGGAGAUCUGCAGGGACCAGCUUUCAGCCGACAUGUACAACUUUAUGGCCAAAGAAAUCGACUAUGCAAACUACUUUCAAACGCUCAUCGAGGUUCAGGCGGAGUAUCACAGGAAGUCUCUGGAGAUUCUGCAGGGUGUGCUGCCACAAAUCAAAGCUCACCAGGAGGCCUGGAUAGAGAAGCCAUCGUAUGGAAAACCUUUAGAGGAACAUCUGGCCCUCAGUGGCAGGGAGAUCGCUUUCCCCAUUGAAGCCUGCGUCACCAUGCUGCUGGAGUGUGGCAUGCAGGAAGAGGGUUUAUUUCGAGUGGCCCCCUCGGCCUCCAAGCUGAAGAAGCUCAAGGCGUCGCUGGACUGCGGGGUUAUUGACGUGCUGGAGUACUCGGCCGAUCCGCACGCCAUUGCAGGGGCUUUGAAGUCUUACCUGCGUGAACUUCCCGAACCUAUAAUGACCUUGGACCUCUAUGACGAGUGGAUUCAGGCCUCAAAUAUUCAAGAUAUGGAUAAAAGACUUCAAGCCCUGUUGUCUACAUGUGAGAAACUACCAGCAGACAAUUUGAACAACUUCAGAUAUUUAAUCAAAUUCUUAGCCAAACUCACAGAGUAUCAGGAUGCCAAUAAAAUGACACCAGGUAACAUAGCAAUAGUUCUCGGGCCAAACCUGCUGUGGACGCAUUCUGAAGGGAACAUGACAGAAAUGAUGACCACCAUGUCCCUGCAAAUCGUCGGCAUCAUUGAGCCGAUCAUCCAACACGCUGACUGGUUCUUCCCUGGAGACAUCGAGUUCAACUUGACAGGCAGCUAUGGUAGCCCAGUCCACACCAACCACAACUCCAACUACAGCUCCAUGCCUUCUCCGGACAUGGAACAAUCAGAUCGCAAGCAGCAGCACGACCAGGGCCGACGCCCCCUCAGUGUUGCCACUGACAACAUGAUGCUGGAAUUCUACAAGAAGGAUGGCAGCAUCAGGAAAAUUCAAAGUGUCGGUGUCAGAGUGAUGGACACGUCUUGGGUAAAGACAAAAGGUUCCUCUACGCUGGCCCGCAAGAGCUCGUCCACCCCUCCAAGCGCGCAGCCGCCCGGCUCUCCCGCUGAUACCCUGAUCACAGAACAGUCCGGCGAGCUGGCUACAUCUCCAACCCCCACUCCUCCUCUCGGAGACAGGGGCAGCUCAGACGACGUGUCGCCCAAUCGGCCGGAUUCCUCACAUGUCUAUACGUCCCACGUGGAGGAGCGGCCACCUCCCCCUUACCCUUCCUCUUCCUCUCACCCCGCCCCUCAUCAUUUCUACCCCAAACCACCUAUCUGCGCUCGGCCCGUGGCCCCCGGCCCUGAGUCCCAGCCUCCCAGCUCCCCGCCUCAGCCCCUGCGUUGGGCCGGAUUCAGUCCCCCUCAGCCACAGCCCCAACCCCAGCCACCCCCUUCCUCUUCCUCCUCGUCUUCCUCUUCCUCACUCGAUAUCAACUCCAACCCCAAACCUAGCUGCCUGCACUUCCCCAAACACAGCCCCCUGUGUGACGUGCCGCAUGCCGCGCCGCCUGACGCCAAUGCCUCGCCCCUCUACAUUAAAACUCCUCUCGUGCUGACCCGCCAUGACACGUCCCUCGGAAACCCCCCUAGCCUCCCCUCCUCCGCCCCCCCACCGUGGGCUGCCUGUCCGUGUGCCCGCGACAGAGGACCCCCCUGGCUGACUAGCACUCUGAAGAGCAAGGAGCUCUCUCCCGUGAUUGGUCACAAGUCUAUGCAGGCGUCAGGAGCAACAGUGCCCCCUGUCUGCGGUCAGCAAAGCAAUAGCCAGUCACCCCACUCAGCCGAGCAGAGCCCCCACACAUUACACAAAGCCUCUAAGAAACUCGCCCCUGUGCCACCCAAGGUUCCAUACGUCCAGUCAGGGGGGAUGUCAGACCAAUCCACAGGUCAGCCGUCUCCGGUUAGCCUGUCCCCCACUCCCCCAAAUACUCCCUCCCCUUACAGUCUGGGCUGUCCUCCUGGACAUGCGCCCGCCUCUUCCCCAGGCCAGACCACAUUAGGGGGACCCCAUACAUUAUCUUCUCCGCCCUCUCUGACCGGUACACUCACAAAGUCCAGGCCCACCCCAAAGCCAAGGCAAAGACCCAGCCUGCCCCCUCCCCAGCCACCCACCGUCCCCCCUACAGUCCCCCAACCCUUGGAGCAGGGUCUACUUGAUGGAUUGUCCCCCGGGGAGAGCAUGUCCACAGCAGAUUUCUUCAGUUUGGAAAUCCCCUCCUUCAAUGUCAAUCUGGACAGCCUGCUGGACGAGUUCAGGGUGGUUCCCUGUCGGAGCUCCUUUGCGGUCAGCUCUCCGGAGGGGGAGUCCGUGUCCGAGGAGGAGGGCCAGAGCACCACGCUUUAAGCCCUGAGCCCACCCAGCAGUUUGUCAGCCUCGUCCCAAGUGAAACCCGCCCUUGCCAAACCCCGGAGACCCGCCUCUUCUGGUCUGCGACAUGACAUGGGAGACUAAAACAGUCGCAAACCUCUCAACAGGUGCCAUAAAAACGCAACAGAAUGGAUUUCAUUCAAAACCCCACUGAGGAACCAGGAGUUAGGUGUUCCUGUUCGUUUCUCGAACGAUUGUGUCUGUCUGUGUUGUUGGUAUCGUUUUAUUUGGAUGUUUUUAUUUCUGCCUUAUCAGAGCUGCAGUUACAAAACAAGUGCACAUAGGAAGCAAUUCGCUGACUUCAGAUGAUCCUCACACACUUUGUUGUGCUGGAGGAUAUGGAUCUUAGGCCUUCUUUGCUUUCCCUACAGGGUCCAAGGAGAUACUCUUUCUAGAUGUACAAUAGUGGCAUAUAGCAUGCAGAUUUAUUUGUGUCUAAUUUUGCAGUGCUUGGGCCUCAUAUGUGGUCUUUCUCUCGGUCACAUCAGCUCUUUCUGAUUUCGCAAUAUCUUUAACCUUCACGCUACAUUGCUUUAGCAAAGAUAGUACAAUAAACUAUUUGAGUUAAAGGGAUAAUUCGGAGGCAAAACAAAAUAAAUUCCAUCAUGCUUUACUUACCCUCAAGGCAUCCUGGCUGAAUAUGACUUUCUUCUUGAAGAAUAAUGCAGUCAAGAGUUAUAAUACCAAUUUUUUGAAGCUCCAAAAAUUGCAUCCAUCGAUCACAUAACUGCUCGCCACGGCUCCGCGGUCUUAACCAAGGUCUUCUGAAGCGGUAAAUUUCCGGAAAAACAAGCUUCUAGUUCACGUGCAGCAGAUAGAUAACGGAAGCUGGACAUUAUCAUUAAUAGUGCUGACAAUAUGGUUAUUUCUCUUAAACAAACGCAUUGAUUCUCUUCAGUAGACCUUUGUUACGACCACGGAGCCGUGUCAAGCAGUUUUUUGAUUAAUGGAUUCACUUUUUGGAGCUUCAAAAAAUAGCCCCCCAUUCACUCCCAUUCUACCGCUUGUAUGAAAAAACGUGGUUUUAUAACUCCUACUGCAUCAUUCUUCAAGACGAUAGUCAUAUUCAGUCAGGAUGCCGUGAGUGUGAGCAAAACAUGGGGGAAUUUUGUUUUGCCUCUGAAAUAUCCCUUUAAUAGUUGGGUUAAACAGCUGCUGUAAUAGCUCAUAAUACAGUGAAAUAACUGCUGCAGUACAAUAUUAUACAGUCCCAGAAAGCAAGUUAGGUGGGUGGUAGAAAAUCCAGGGCUCCCACGAUCACAAAAACUUGAAAAUAUCAGGAAAAUGUUAAUGUGUGGAUUCAACCGAGGGGGAAACUGGAAGUCUUUAAAUGUCACUGAAAACUUAUAAGGGAAAGUCUAUAUUUCUGUAGAAAUACAAAUGAUUAUACAAAUAUUUGUAGUUUGGUUCUAAUGUAUUUUGUCAGACAGAGAUUAUAUGUUAAGAAUCUGUAAACAUAUUUUUAAUUCAUUGAUCCAAAGGUGUGGGAACCCUGGAGCUAUUUAAUUUGUCUUGAUCCAUACAAAGAAAUCGUUCUUGCCCUAACAUGGGUCCUAUCGUAAUACGUUUCUCCCAGAUAUUUUCAUACUUUUAGGAGACACUACCAAGACUACCGCCUUGCAUUUUCUGUUGUCUCUCUGCAGCCACAUGCCCUCCAAAGUGCUUCAUGCAGUGCCACACUAUCCCUUAUGUAUAUACCCUGAACUGUGUACAAAGAUGUGUAGAUACGUGUCAAUCAGAGGACAAUGAAAAGGCAAAUAUGAAUUAUAUAUUCAUAAAUGUGACAUGCCAUAUUUAUCUUGUAUAGAGAAAAUGUUCUGAGUAUUACUUUGUCCCUGAGCACUUUUUGUCAGGUUCACAUAGCAAGUGAGUUUUUUGCACUUUUGUAAGCCAUGAACUAUGUGUAGAAUAUGAAUGCAGGCGUUUAGGUAAAGUUACUGUACUCCCGAGAGAGAUUUAUCCCUAAAGCAACCUCAUCGAUAACAGCCUUAAUCGACAGCAACAACAGAAACUGUAUAGAUCAAAAUAAUAUAUGAAGUCAACAGAUUUUACUAGAUGUAUAACAUUUCUUCAAAUCUUUAUAUUGUAAAGCAACUGGUGGAUUACAUAAGUGAAAAUGACUCGGCAGAAACAUGGACCCCUUAAAAGUAGUCGGACACUUAAGUCAUACUUUAAAAUAUGAAUACAUUAGACAACUUUUAAGAUGUAAUGCAAAAUUUCAUGUGUCACAGUAAUUUUAGUGGACGUAUGAAGUCAGAAAUGAAUUGCCACAAAGUAACGAAAUGCUUUGUGUUUUUAAUUCUGUUCUCGCAAAGUCCUUACGUUUAAUCAUUUAAAACCUAAUCGUCCUUUUGUGAAAUAUUUUGCUUGAAAAAUGUGUUUCUACUUUCUUUAAAAUACCAUUUAAACAUCUUUAAUGUGCCUCGAGUGUCCAAAUCCUUUAAGGGGCCAUGGUAGUGUAUCUCCACAUAUAAUGAUACAGAUAUAACUUGGCAGGGAUCCUUUUUAUUAAAUGUUACCUUAAAGGUAUCAACCCCAACAAAUCCUUUAGUUUCAUUGCUGUUCCCCAAACUAAUCUAAUGCCGAACCGAGAUGGCACAAGCUUGGCCGGUUGUUUGCUCAACAACCGGAUGCUGCAGUUUCUAAUAUCUGAACUUGUACAAAACUUUAGGACUUUAUUAAGAUCAAACAACGUGGAUUAACUUUUGUCUAUAGCUUGUGAUAGGAGUGGGCACAACAAACUUCUGAACGAUCAUCUCGACUGGCGGUGGAAUAGCCAUGGCUUACUUCUCUACUUUCUCUAUAUGAAUAAGCAUUAGUGUAUGUCAGGGACAAGAGGACUUUUUUUUUUCGUUUUGCUGAAAUCUGUGAUAUGCCUCGGUGUGUGUUCUUGAUGAAAUAUAGUCUAAUGAUUAUUGGUGACUGAGUUCUAGUUGUAGUUUAUACACAAUAAUACUUGCAAGUGCCCUCACUAUCAGUAUUUAUAAUCUGAAGCUAACGGUGAGUUUCGUGCGUACGUGAGGUUCUGUUUGUGCCGAUUCUGCUUUGUUCUGUGAGGAAGCAGUCGUGUGUGUGUAAGUGUGUGUUUGCGUGCGCUGGUUGAAUGUGAUUUGGCCUUUACUCUGAUGUGCACUGGGGUAAAAGCACAUUGAUACGUUAUAGCAGCUGCAAUAGACGCAUGGUUUAUUUUCUUGACUAAGGUGACACUUUAAAGCUCAUGUCUUUCUAUUAGCGAUUAUACCGAAUGCUUCUGUAAUUGUUAUUGGGAGGGUUUUAUACAGUGUGUAUAUGCAUUCUCAUUUAAGUUCUGUACUGUUUUUUCAGAUGAAAGGCACAAGGUAUGUCACAUCAAAAGAGCAUCUUUAAAUGGAGCCAGGGUUUGUCAUGAGGUUUCCUUCUUUGUUUGUUUGUAACAAUACUUUUGUCCAGUAAAUGAAAUGUUUAAGAUAGUGUUUUAAGUAGAGUGGAUGUAAUAGCCAUGAAAAGUGUUGCAAACAGAAUUUACUGUAAUGUAGGUCCACACAGAAUCUGCAUGUGGGAGUCCAGGUCCUAUUUUAUUUCAAAAGGAAAGAAAUUAGAAAUUAUAUUUUGGCUAAGUCUGUUUUAGGACCGUCAAGAAAUUUUUUUAAUGAUAAUCAAGCACAUUUUCAUCCCAGUUCUCAUUACUGUAAUGCAAAAAAUAUAUAUAUUGCAAUAUUAUUUAAGCUACAUUUAUGCAUCAUACUCGUAUUUGUUGUAAUUGCCUUAAUUUAUAGCCCAUUAUUUUAAAAAGAUGUGGUGUUACGGUAUUUUUACUACAGUACGGAACACAAUUAUUACAGUAAUGAAAAUAACGAGAACAAAAAUUAACCUAUAAAUGCCCCCAACAAUGGAAAAUAAUAAUGAACGCAAAGAAAUUACUGCCACAUAAAGACAAAGAGAAAAUAUUGUUUUUAUUGCUAUGAAAUAAUUGGUGAUUCAUAAACAUUUUUCAUUCUUAACUUUUCAGAGAUUUCUGUGUGUGGCCUACUGAUUCCUUGAUAUGAUUUUAAAACAUAUCACUCUUAUCACUUUUCUUUGGAAUGCAGGAACAUGAUGGUGUUGUGUUUUGAGUAAAUAAAAUGUAAUACACGCAUUAAAGUGAAAAAUGUGUAAAGAUAAAUCAGUUCAAUAAUUUAUUGGUUAUACUUCUUAACAACAUGAAUUGUUUAAAAACAUGUUUAGAACAGAAUGGCCAAACAUGUGUUAAAGUCCAGUGGGUGGGUGUGGCAGAACAGACCAUGCAUUUCUUAUUUCCUUUAGAUAAUUCUGUUUCCAAUGACACGUUACCAGCCAAAAGACAACCGAGACAAGAAUGAAGCAGGGAUUUGUGAACAGGGGAUGAGUUAAUUAUGAGUGCACAUUAUCCAACAAUGUACAGUCCUUUUCACACCUGCUUAUACCCAACUAAUGUACAAAUCUGCCUGUCAAAUGUACAAAUCACACCCUCCUCAGCUUAGCAUUUCAGUGGAAAAACACAGUGUGUACUGUGAAGCCUGCUGCAGUCCUUAUCAGAAUGUCAGAAAUACAUAUAUAUUAAACUCUACAUUUGUAAUA